AUGCGGCUAAAAAUCAAUUCACUUCUGAUGAGUAUAAUUGGAGCGUACUGUGCAGCUGGUGCUCAAGCAUGUACUACGCAGUAUGAAAAGCUAUUCGAAGAGCAAGUUCUUUCGAAAUGUUGGCGUGGUGCUCAAGCCAGUUCAUGUGUUAAGAUUGCUGCACCGCAUAGAGCUGGUGCCUAUUGUUAUGGUGUUAAGAAACAUGGGAAAUCGGCUUACGAAAGG